UAUGUUACACGUUGUAAAACUGCCGCUUACAGCUGUUUAUUUUAGUAACAAGAAGAUUAUUCUUUCAGAAAUUUUGGCAAGUAAUUGCUAAACUCCGUUUCUUUAGUUGAAAUUAAAAUGUUAGCUAGUUACAAAGCUGUGAAAUACAUUUCAGCAGUAGAACAAUAUUCAUGGGAGUGGGCAAAUCACCUCCAGGCCGGGAUUCAUCAUUAUCCACCCUGCUGUGGCAGCCGACACCAACCUUCCGAAUUUAGUUAAAUAUAGUAUUUUAAAUGUGGUGGCCACCAUGAGCGAAUAACGCAGCGAUAGUUUCGCAAUCGAUAGAAGCUACAGCAACCAGUUUGGAAUAUAUUUGGCUCGGCAUGGACAAGAAGCACCGCCUCGUGGUCUACGACUGUGAUAUUGGGAGCGAUGAUGCCUGGGGACUGGCCAUGAUGCUGCGGGCGGAGGAGCUGACUCUGCCCGGAGGAAGGAGCUGCAAAGUGGUGGCCAUAACAACGGUGCAGGGCAACACGGACGUGGACAAUGGAACACUGAAUGCCCUGCGGGUUCUGCACACGUUGAACAGGCGCGAUGUGGCCGUAUUUAAGGGCUGUGCCGAUUCCAUUGUGCCCCGCACCUGGCAGUACACCACCCGUUUCCAUGGCCAGGAUGGCUUGAACGAUGUGGGCAACUAUCCCGUGGUCGAUGUGGAGCAGGAACUGCAGCCGGAGCACGCUGUGAAUGCCAUGUACCGUCUGGCCAGCCAGAAUCCCGGCCAAGUGGACUUCCUGCUGUGCGGUCCGCUCACCAACUUUGCCAACUGCAUCAAUCUGUAUGGCAGCGCUUUUCUGGCGAAGAUUGGGCGCGUCUACAUAAUGGGCGGCAACAUUUUCGGCAAGGGCAAUGUCACGAAAAGUGCCGAGUUCAACUUCAUGAUGGAUCCCGAGGCGGCGCACAUUACCCUGGAGCGAUUGCCGGAGCCGGCGCUCAUCCUGCCCUGGGAGCCCUGCAUCGAUGGCGAGUUCGACACCACCCUCGACUGGCGACUGAAUGUUCUCGGCGCUGUCGAUCAUCCCUUCAUAGAGCUGAUGACGCGCGUGGAACGCUCCAUGCUGGAGCCGCGGGGAUUCGUGAAGUGGAUCAGCUGUGAUUCCCUGCUCACCGCCGCCUAUCUCUUCCCAGAUGCGAUGAUCGCCGAUCAGCGGGAUUACUAUGCCACCGUGGAGCUGAGUGGCCACCACACCCGUGGCCAGAUGGUGCUGGAUCACCUGCGCGGCCGAAAGGUGGACGACAUCCAUGGGAAGAAGAUCAAUGUGCACGUCAUUAGGCGCCUGAGCAGUGGAGCUACCUUCCGCACUAUCAUCGCCUGGACGGGAUUCCUGCCCAACACCGAUAUCGCACAACUAUGCGCUUAGCGUCUUAAAUACAUUUCAAGUUUACCACAACUUCCAAACCCUUUCAUACUGUUUAUGGCCCGAUAAGGCAACUGGGUGCUAUGACUUGGCCACAGAUUAUAGUGAAGUGCUGGGGGAAGAACAUGGGUGGAUGGCAAAGAGUCAAGAAUAAUGAUAACCCAAUUUUUGAGACUUAAGCCAACAGCUUACCUGCCAUAUAAGUGAUUGCCAAAUGAUAUUUCAUCUCGCUAUAUUUUCUAGAAGAAACCAUCAAGUGCCCAGUCCAUUUGAAACUACAAAAAUGUCUGCUGUAUAUAUUUCCUUCUACAGAAGUGUAUAAUCAGUGUUCCAUUAAAUCGAUCUGAUGCGAGUGUUCAAAUUCACAAUGUGCUAUAAGUCUACAUACUUGACUACAAAAAAAUUAUGCCCAUCUCCCAAGGAAGUGUCUUUAAAGGUUGGGGAAUUAGCAUAAGCUGCAUUGGUCUUAGUUUAAACUUAAAACCCAUAUUGCAAUUCAGAAGGG